AUGAGGGAGCUCGUGGCGGCACACUUCGCCAACGCGGCGGCGGCCGCCCCGCAGGCGCCCGCACGGAACACCUCGCCCGCAAACUACCCACCAUCGCCUUCCAUAGACACCUACAACUCCCACCGCAAGAUAAAAAGACCUAAACUUGGAGACAAGAAGGUCUACCGCCCCGUCCGGAGACACACGCUGUCCAGAAUUGACGAAACCCCUCCUCAGACGUUAAGACCUAGGUCGAGAAGUCUUCAACAUUCCACGGAUUUCUCAUCGACGCGACCGAUACUCCGAUCCCGGUCCAAUAUAUCGGCAGACACGAGUCGGAGCGUGCCCGUGUGCAAUCAGAGUCAUGAGGUGGAGAAUCAGAUAGAGUCCAGCAGUCCGCAGUACGCCGAACCGAAAGGAUACGACUCCGCGUCGUCGUAUGAAGACCGGCCGGUUUCCAUGUCGGAUCUCCCCAUCAUGGUGCCGUUGGACCCUUCGACCGGCGCUUAUAUCGCUUAUCCGGAGUACUUCCGAGACGGCGGCUGCAAGUUCAACCCUUCCAGGUGGAAACGUAAGAGGUCGAAGAAAGCGCCUUCCAAACAUAACAAUUUAUAUUUAGCGUUCAUGUACUAGUUGCGCGGGUGUAGGUAGUUUACGGGAAACCAAUACAAACACAAUGGUUAUGAGUUUCGAACAAACGCCGUUCAGUGUAUGACGCCACAACCCAUAUUUUCAUUCAAAAGUACUUAUACUAUUCUUGAUACAAUCAUACACUGUCUUAUAAAUAAAUGGGUGGCCCGAAUCUGGUUGAGUGAUAAAACUGUUACUAUUGGCACAUUUAUUUUGGCCGUAGCGGGAGUUCGAUAUCUUGCAACUUCUAAGACUGCUCAUAUAAAUGAAGCAGCUGCUUCUUUCAACAUAUGACAAGUAACUCCCGCUCGGCUCUGUGCACGGCUAUACGAAACUCUGACACCACUGGUCUCUUCGAAGCAUAACGAUGUUUCAUUUCGAACAAACAUCUCCAUAACGAAUUUAGUUAAUAUUUUUAACAAGGUGUACUUACUUAUAUGUAAUGAGUGGAUACAAUAGUUUAGGAGUAAGUGUAUGAGAUAGAUGUGACUCCGCCAUAAGAGUAUCGCGAUUGAACAAAACAUUUUAGUUGUAAGAUCCUCUGUAAGAUGUAAUAAAUAGAAAUUCGUCAUACGUAAAUGCAAUGACAAUAUAAUGAACAAAAUAUAUCUAGAUAUUGUAAUUCGUGCCUUUCCUCCUAUAUCGUUAUUGUAAUUGAAAUGCUCAUUUAUCAUUGAAAUUUAGUACGUACAUAUCAUAAGUGAAUUAAAUUAUAACAUUGUAGUUCAAUAUUAUAUAAGUAUUGUAUAAACAUACUUACCAAUAAGUCGAUGCGAAGUUUAUAUUGAAAGAAAUACGAUAUAUAUGUUAUAAUAUAUAUAUUAACAUUUCUUUCUUGUAUAUUUAAUUAAAUGAAUAUAAUUUUGUCUAGUUAGAAGUGAUCGUGGAACUGACUAAGGCGUGAGAUCGUCCCGAGUGAGACUUAGUAAAAUACAUUUUCUCACAUUUUUUAUACGACAUAAUAUUUUUUAUGUCAAUAUAUUUAUGUACUGAGUUAGUUAGAACCGCGGGCUCUUGUAAAUGAAUUUAGUUUAAUAUGAAUGUGAAAUAUCGCAUCUCUAAGGAGAUGUUCACUUAUUUUGUCAUUUGAAAUAUAUUUAAAAUUUUCUAAAUAAAAAAUGUAAAGUAUG